AUGUUGCAUGAAGCAAAGGAAAGGCAAAAGUUCGUCAGUGAUGCUCAAUAUCUGCGGGACAUUCAGCAUAAGGAGGACUCUGAAUAUCAGGCUUGUCUGAGACGACAGGAAUACAGAAGAGACCCAACUGAGAAGAAGCGAGACCAAUAUCGGGGGCAAGAUACAAGUUUUGAGAGAUCUCGGUUUUCAAGCGGAUCGUCUUCCAGACAGAGUUCUGCUGAGGAGGAUCCUCUUGCCGAACCAAGAUUAUCUGCCAAGACUUCCUCUAUUAAAUGUGAUUCCAAACUUCCAGCAAUUGACCAAACAUCAGUCAAGCAGAAACAUAAAAGUACGAUGACUCCAAAGAAGCCAGAGAAAGCCGGCCCCAGCAAACCCUGUCCAGCCCAGGCACCACAGAUUUUAUCAAGGAAGAGGAGGCCAAACCUGGAGAGACUGACAGUCAGCCCAGAAGCGCAGAGCCCGGGAGCGUCUGGGGAUCGAAGCAGACAGAAAUCACGGCUGCCGGCGAAGGCGUCGGCUCUCAGGGGAGCAGAUCCAGUAGUUCAGCAAGAAGGCCCACUGUGGGCAAGUGACACUAAGCUGAAGAGGCCAACUCGAGAAAGAAGAAACUUGGUGCCAUCCUUACAGCUGAUGACAACAGCUGAGAACACCUCUGAGAGAGCCAACAAAGGAGAUAGGAGUACUCUUACCCAGAGUGAGCCACAUUCAGCUCUAUCCCAGGCCUUCCAAGGAACAAAUAGUCCUCAAGUACUGAGUGCAUCCUUGGGGCCACCAGUCACAUCCACCACCACAGGAGGGCCAAGAAGGGCCCCAUUUAGGUUCAGAGAUGAAGAUUUUUAUUCCAUUUUCUCAUUAAACACUGGAGGACAAAAUGAUGACACUGAAGAGGAAACCCACUUAGAGGAAGAACUUCUGUUGGUGGGUAUGCACCCACCCCGUUCUCCUUCCAGUCAUAAGAGAAGUAGAUUUCUUGGGACACUGGCCACCCAGACCAAAAAUAAAACUUUUGAAGGAAAUUCUGAAAGGUCCAGAGCUAAUUCUUUAAGAAGAAGUGAGCUUAGUCAUGGCUUAUUUAGAGGAAGCAGCGCAAUGCAGCCAGUGACAGAGCAACCUUCUGUUGGGCAAAGGAUGUUCCAAGAUCCUGGGUUGCUUGAUGGGGAGUCUGCUAAAGAGACUAACAGUGGUGACAGUGAACUUGAGAAACAGGCCUUUCAUUUAUGGGACACCAAAUCUGAACCCAGACAAGAUGAUGGUCUCAAUGUUGAAAAUGUACCUGAUGAUUGUACUUCUGUGCUGGAUAGGCCUGGUUCCCAUGAUUAUGAAAGGGAUUGGCAGGACUAUUUAAACAGUUCUAGAAAUUCUUUUGACUGCUUUCUUUCUGGAAGACCAUCAGCUCAGAGAUCAUCAAUGAAUUCAUCUUAUAACAUUCCGGGGUCAUUAAUGCAUUCUGCGCUGAGAGAUGAUAUUUCAGUAGACCUGUCAACAUCAUCUUCUUCAGUUCACAGUUCAGACUCAGAGGGGAACUCAAGAUUUAAUAUUCGUCGACCACUGUCCCCCAUUAGAAGCAGGAAUCCAUUUGCCAGUGCUGAAAACCACAGUGAUUUUCCAGUAAACAGUGCACAUGAAUUUGAUGUCAGGGGAGAAGAAGAUAAUACCUUAACAAGCCAACCUCAGGGGGCUCCAUUAUAUUCAGAAGAUCUCUUACUAAAUCCUCAAGGUGGCAUGUCCUCAGUGGAUUCUUCCAGCUCCUCUCCAUCAGGAAUGAACUUACAAGGCCAGUUUCACAUGCCAGAGCCCCUGCAAGAAAAUAUACCUUUUUCUUUCUUUGCAGUGUCUGAUUUCCCAAAUCAAAAUGUUAAUGGAAACAGAAUGGCAGCCUCCGGUUUCCCAGAUGAAAAGGAAGCCACCAAGAUAAAGGCAGACUCUGAGAAACUCAAGAAAUUGCAAGAAAGUCUCCUGGAGGAGGACUCCGAGGAGGAGGGAGACUUGUGUCGCAUCUGUCAGAUAGCCGGGGGUUCCCCCACCAACCCCCUCCUGGAGCCUUGCGGCUGUGUGGGAAGCCUGCGGUUUGUUCAUCAAGAGUGCCUGAAAAAGUGGCUGCAAGUGAAAAUAACAUCAGGAGCGGAUCUAGGCGCCGUGAAAACGUGCGAAAUGUGUAAGCAAGGCCUGCUGGUCGAUCUGGAGGACUUUAACAUGAACGAGUUCUACCAGAAGCACCAGCAAUCCCGGGCACAAAACGAGCUGAUGAAUUCGGGCUUGUACCUGGUGCUGUUGCUUCACCUCUAUGAACAGAGGUUUGCAGAACUCAUGAGACUCAACUACAGUCGGGUUGCAAGAGAGAGGUUGUCAAGAAAUUACCCACAACCCAGGCCGGAAGAAAAUGAAAGUAGGUUUGGGGGUCAGUCCUGCCAUUUUGAGGGUGUUUGCUAAUUUACUCUUUCGCUGUUACUGUGCUGAAACAAAUACUGUGGAAGGAAGCAAUGACCACCACCCAGAGGCAAAAAUCACCCCACAAAGCUUGCGAAAUUCUAGCUGCAGAAAGCAAUCAGGAAGGCGAGUUCAAGUAUGCUGGCUGCAGAGCAGAUACGAAUUUUAAUUCAUCCUGAAAGCAAGGAAGAGGGCAAC